GACCUCCGCGCAAACGGUGGGCCUCACCUGGGCUCCGAGAAGAGGCGCGCCAGGCCUGGCCGGCCGGAUCCCGCCAGUGCCUGCGUCCCGGCACGCUCCGUCCUCCACUCCCGAGACUCCCCCUCCGCUGCCGCUGCGCCCGCUUGCUGGUGGGUGGGCGCUUCUCCGCGACACUUUGCAGACGCUCCCCAACGCCGGGCAUGGGCGCCGCCGCCACCGUCGGUCCCAGGGCUGGAGUCCUUGCGCGGGUGGGUGAGAGCGGGGCCCGGGCCCUUGUACCCUGAGCACCCAAGGGCGGGGAAUGGUGCCCACGGUCGCCACUCCCAUGCUGGUUGCCCUUUCUGGGACCUUUUGCCACGGCCACCCCCUCCCACCCGUGGGACAAAGGGCGGGGGCGCAUCCCCACGCGUGACCUCCCCCGCACUGCGCACGCGCCCAGCCCCCACUUCGGGGGAGGGGCUCUGCUAGCCCGCACAAGUGCAGGAGGAAUGGGCGGCUGGGACAGGGGGACGCCUGCAGGAUGGACCCCCCACCCCACGCGUGGAAGUUAGGGGUGGUUUCUCCCUUCCAUUUAUGGCUUUGGGUCCGGAGAUGGCCCACGAUGAGGGUCCUUCCUAUUCAGGCCAAAGUGUCUCUGUGGUGUUGACCCCAUGAAGAGCCAAAGAAUCUAAGGGUCGAACUCCUUCAUAACCAAGAGUCCUCUCGCCGAGCCCCCUCGCUCUGGGUACACGAUUUGGAAACCUCAGUGUCUCUGUCCAGGAGUAUGGGUUCUUUCCUCCCUCAGACCAUGGCUCCAGGCCGGUGAUCCCUCCCAACUCCAGAGGAACAGGUACCCCACCUCUCCAGGAGCUGACUACAUUCGGUGACCUGUUUCUGUCCAGUGCCCGAAGGCUCGGCUGCUGGGUCUGCUGGAAGCCUCGCUAUGAAUGACCGAAGCAACCGUAGGCGGACAAUGAAGGACGAAGAGACCUUUGAGAUCUCCAUCCCCUUCGAAGAGGCACCCCACUUAGACUCACAGAUCUUCUACAGUCUGAGUCCUCUCAGAGAAAUUGUGAGGAGCCUCCAGAGGCCACCUCCCCGACCCUGGCCCUGAUGAACAGUGUCAAGGCCCAGCUGCACAUGGCCCUGGAGAGGAACUCGUGGUUGCAGAAGCGCAUUGAGGACCUGGAGGAGGAGAGGGACUUUCUACGGUGUCAGCUGGACAAAUUCAUUUCCUCAGCCCGGAUGGAUGCAGAGGACCACUGCCGGAUGAAGCCUGGGCCACGGAGGGUUGACGGGGACAGCAGCCGGGCUGGGGUUGGGGGAGAAGCUUCAGACCCGGAGUCCGCAGCCUCCUCCUUCAGUGGGGCGUCCGAAGAGGGCAGUACCGGGGAAAGGAAGAGGCAGAAGCCCAAGGGAAGUACUGGCCGGCGGCGAUUUGGGAAGCCCAAGGCUCGAGAGAGGCAGCGGGUGAAGGACGCUGAUGGGGUCCUCUGCCGCUACAAGAAGAUCCUGGGCACCUUCCAGAAGCUCAAGAGCAUGUCUCGAGCCUUUGAGCACCACCGCGUGGACCGGAACACGGUGGCGCUGACCACGCCCAUCGCGGAGCUGCUCAUUGUGGCUCCCGAGAAGCUGGCUGAGGUCGGAGAGUUCGACCCUUCCAAGGAGCGCCUGCUGGAGUACUCCCGCCGCUGCUUCCUGGCGCUGGACGACGAGACUCUCAAGAAGGUGCAGGCUCUCAAAAAGAGCAAGCUCCUCUUGCCCAUCACCUACCGCUUCAAGCGGUGAUGCCGGCGGCGGCCCACACGCCUCCCCGCCCCGCAGAUCGCUGCCAAGGCUGGGGUCCCCCCCGCACCCCCGGGGCCCCCUGCCGCCCUCCCCGAGCACUGGGCCCUGCCCCUCGGCCGCCCACGCUGGGCAUGCCAUCUCCAUUCCACCCAGCAAGGGCGGCCAGCUCGGCCCCCUGGCCAGGGGCAGCCCAUCUGCAUCUUACACGAAGACAGAGCAUUAUUCAGAGAAUUUAAAUUAAAGAGACAUGAACAUUUUCAAUAAA